GACACGUCCUGGAAGUGACGGCGACGUCAAUAACAACAUUUGAUACAAGCAGUGAGUGUAAUAGUAUCGCGACAUCCGUCUCAGAGCAUUUAAAUCCCCAAUUCACAACAAUGUCUUCGGAUUUUGAAGCCUACGAACAGGAGUUUGGUACUCUCACCGCAGAUAUUACCAACAAAAUCGGAAGAAUACCUAAACUUAGUGGAGAGGACAAGACGCAGCUGGUUCUAAAUGUCGACAAACAGCUUGAGGAAGUCAGAGAGUUGUUGGAGCAGAUGGACCUGGAGGUGCGUGAGAUCCCCAUCCAGAGCAGAGCCAUGUACAACAGCCGUCUGAAGAGCUACAAACAGGAGGUGGAGAAGCUCGAGAAGGACUUUAAAAGGUCACGUAUUGCCUACAGUGAUGAGGUGCGGAACGAGCUCCUGGGGGAUGAUGGGAGCUCCUCAGAGAGUCAGUUGAUAAAGUUACGUGAAGAGAGAGCACAUCUGUUGGACAACACAGAGAGGCUGGAAAGGUCAUCUCGGAGACUGGAUGCUGGCUACCAGAUAGCAGUGGAAACCGAACAAAUAGGUCAGGAGAUUCUCUCCAAUCUACACAGUGACCGUGAGAAGAUCCAGAGAUCCAGAGACCGGUUGAGAGAGACCGAUGCGAACUUGGGAAAGAGCUCCCGUAUCCUGUCAGGCAUGCUGAGAAGGUAAGAGGAAGGGUUAUUCAGAACCGUAUCCUUAUCUUCAUCCUGGGCGCCAUCAUCCUCCUCACCAUCGUCCUGGCCAUCUAUUUCAAUCUGCGGAGCCACUGAUCUCCACUGACGGGUCCUGUGUGUGUGUGCACGUGCGUGUGUGUGUGAUUAAUAGCAACAAAAGCGCGCUGGAGUAAUUAGGACAAAUUGUUCAUAUGAAUCAUUCCUGGUGGGCAGUGACAGGUGAUCUCCUCUCCACUCUGUCCUGCGGAGCACAUCCACGCCCGCUCUACCCUCUACCCCGUUAAAAUCAUACUGCUUGGACCUUCCUGUUUAAACCUUUUGCAUGGGACCUCCAUCUAACUGACCUCCACACGCACUGUCCACAUGGCGGAAUAACGACAGAGGAAGAAAAGGGGCAUUAUGAUCUGUUGUUUUUUUUUUAACAUUUUGUCGUUGGUACUGCUAGAAUGAUGUGAGCGUGUCUGCGUGCACACGCAUGUACAUGUUCCAGUCCGAGCGUAGUGUAGUCCCUGCUCACCUCUGGGUGUGUGACAUGCGCAGGAAAGGCUUGGGCCAGGUCUCUAGUACAGCACACAGAGCAGAAUCACACACUACACCCAGCCCAAAGGUCAGUGCCUUUAGCAGCAAACACACACACGCCUCUCCCACUCACGCUUCAUCCAGGAUUAGCACCUUCUCACGCUGUUCCUCUAAGGUCAGUAAAGGCCUUGUGUGUGUUCAGGCAACCCAGCAGGACCACUUUUAAACCUUUGGCCACCCAUAGCUUUAGUAAUAACGCACGGCAUAAAUAUUUGUUAACACACUCGCACAUUACUAAUAUCUGUGUUUAAUUUAAAUCGAUGACUAUUGUACUGAUGUAUUUAGCUUCUUUCAGUAAAUAUGGAACAUUUUAUUGAUCAUUGCAUACUGUAUAUUUCUGUGUGAUGCAAAAACGUGUGUAUACUGUAUAUGGCUCAGAAAUGAGACGUGUGUGUUUUGACUCUGAAGGCUGUUCUUUUAUCUCUGAUGGCUUAUUUUUAAAAUGAAACUAUUAGGAAAUUUUUUUUUGUGUUUUGUUUGUUUGUUUGUUUGUUUUAAUUUCCUCUUUAUCCGUAGUGUUUCCUUUCAUUUUUAGGACCAACUGGUAAAUGAUGGUGUUAAUGAUAAAGUUCAGGUCACAGCAGUUUAUUUUAUUUGAUUGCUUCCAUGUGUAUGAGUGUGUGCUGUGCUGUGUUGUGUAUAGUCAGGAUAUGGUACAGACUCAGAAAUCACCAGUGCUUCAGAUUUAUGCAGCUCAAAUAUACUGUCUGUUCACAUAUGAGCAUUUAAAAGACACACACCGAGCAUACCUAUUGAUACUGUGUUUAUUAUUCCCACUGCAUGUGACAGAUAUUCUCUCUAGCUCUCUCUCUUUCUCACACACACUCUUUCUCCUCCUCUGGCUGAGGGCCUGAUGGACAGACAGACAGGCAGAGGGCAUUUGGUAUUCUGUUUCAGGCCGGGUAGAUUGUCUUAUUUUGGAAGCAGCAUGAUGGGGGGCUUUCUCUGCCUCUGCUUCACAGCUCGGGCUUCAAAGCACCAAAUUAAUGGCCAACAAAAUAGUGUGUCUCUGUCCGUCCCAUGUGGGGCCAACCCGUCGAGAGUUAUCAUUAAGUUCAGGAAUAAAUGAACAAAAAAGGAGAGAGGAGGAAGAGGGAGGAUGAGGAGGGGCAGAAUCCUGCCUGUUUGACAAACCUCAUAAGAUAAUGACCUCGGUGAUUGAGUUUUUCACCAACACGCCUAGACAAGACCGAGUGUCUGCAUGUCUUAUGUGUGUGUUUGUCCUCUCUCCUCCUUUAGAAAUAUAUGUGAGUGUGAGCACUGGAUCUAAGCCCUUGUGUGUGUGUUGAAUCCAGGCAUGCUGUGAGUAUAUUUUGCUUGUUAUGUAUGUGUGCAGCUGUGUGUGUGUGUAUGUAUUUCGCUGACUGAGUCUCUCUCCCUCUCUCUCUCUCUCUCCCUCUCUCUCUCUCUCUCUCUCUCUCUCUCUCUCGGCCUGUCAGAUCCUCUCAGUAGUGAGUGGCUGGUGGAAGGCAGCGUGGCUGCGGCUCUAUUUGAAGUUGUAAUGGUGUCAAAAAGUCAGGGCUGACUGACAGCCGUCAGUCCCACUGGGGCUCAUUAAAUCAUAACAACUUGACAAGGAAAUAAUUGAGCACUGAUGACAAGUUGAGGCCCGUUUAGAUGUUUUUAUUUUCUUUCAUUAUGCCUUCUGACUAUUAUGUUCAUUAAGAAAUUGCAUUAAACGACUCUUAGGGGGCUAAUGAUUUGUUUAUAUCCCCUUUUUUAUUAUUUAAACAGUAGCCAUGUCUUCUGAUACCUCGGCAGGCUGCUGCUAUCAUCUGCUGCGUCUAUUUUUCUCUACACACCUUUUUCUCUACAUCUCUUUUGUCUCUCUUUUUUUUCCCUUUUCCCUCUCUUCAUUCUUUUCUCCUUCACUCUCUCCUCCCCAUUAUAUUAUUCUCUUCGUCACUCUUUACUUCUCAUCCUCCCUUUUCUCUUUCUUUCCUUCUCUAAUCUCUAAUAUUCUCCUUAUUCUCCUCAUCCUUCUCUCCUCCACGGCCAGCACUCCCCUAUGUCACUUUCUCCUCCUCAUCUCCUCUCUCUUUCUGUCCUGUUCUUUCUGCUGUCUCCUUCUCCCAACCACAUUCUCCUCUCCUUCUCCUCCUCAUACUCCUUUCUUCCUUUCUCCUCCACAUUUUCCUCUUCUGUCUCCCACUCUCCCUCUCCUCUUCCUUCUCCUCUUCUCUUUCCAUCUCCCCUCCUUAUUAUUCUCCUCUCUCUCUCUUUCUCUCCCCUUUCUCCACAUUCUCCUCUCAUCUCUCCUUCUCUCAUCUUCAUUUUCCUCUCUCCUCUGUCCAUCUCUCCUCCUCUCUCUCUCCUACCCAUUCCUCUCUUCCCUUCUUCCUUCACACACACAUCUCUCACUUUCUCCUCCCUUCUCUCUUCCUUAUCUUACACACCUCAUUGUUUCCUCUCCCAUUCCUUUCUCUCUCCUCACUGUAAGCAACUUGCUCUCUCUCCUCUUUUGCUCCUUCCCACCCCCUCUAUCUCUCUUCUGGCAGCAUGACCUAUGGAAUAGUCAUUACCCUCUGAUAGGCUGUGUCUGAUUCCAGGGGACACUGUAGCAGUAGGUGUGCUCACACUUUAACAUGUCAUUCAGACUGAUGUUAACCAUCACAGUGUCUUUAGCCUAGCAGGCCCUUGGCCAGCUGACAGAGGAACAGUGAUGAACCACAGCUCUCGUGUUCCUCUAACUCCGAUAAUAGAGCUACAGUGUAACAGUACUCUGAGCAUGUAUACACACGAAUCCCAGAGCUACAGUGCGUGUUAAUUCCACAUGGGGCAAUGGAAACGCUUCCUCUUAUUUAUAAACACUCCAGCGUUUUCCAGCCCGAAUCAAAUACAUGGGAUUACUAUAUCCAGCUAAGGAUUCAUGUGUCUCUGUGCUGAGAAUUGAAGACCUGUUUACUGAAAAUGGUUGUUGUGGCAGUUCCCUUAAUCCCCCCCCCCCCCCAAGUACAAGAAUGGUGCUUGUGGUAAUAACACGUCAUAGACAUAGUGUAUAACAAAUCGGAUGUAAAAAAAUUUUAGGAUUUAAAGCACCAUCUCUGACAUAUAAAGUGUGUGUGUGUGAGAGAGAGAGAGAGCGAGCAGGCACAAUGGGAGGUCCAUGUUUCAUCAGGUAAAGGUUCUCUCUUGAGAAAUGUCCCUGUCCCCUUCAUCCACAGUGAUAUGGCUUCAGUAAUAAAGUAUAAAGUUUUGUGUGUGUGUGUGUGGACCCUGUGGUGAACAGCAACAUAAGGAGAUCUGUGUCUUCUCAUUUCAAGCACAGUGAGACAAAUUUUAACAGCAUUGGCUAAUUUCUUCUCCAAACCAGUGUGUGUCUGUAAGUUGUAGAUGCGUACAUCACACUAUCCUAACACUCAAUGGCAGGAACCUGAAACAAUGUCCACCAGUGUUCUUCUUUUCUGCUUUGUCCCUUUUUAUAUAUUAAAUGCCCAUGAAUUGGACAUGGAUGUGUUUGCUGUGAUCAUGUGCCCAGUGCAAUAUUUGUGUGUGUUUGAGAGUGCAUAGCAUCUGGCCGCAGACGUCCUACUGAUCAGAUCCAUCUUUCUCGAUUAGCGUGACUACUGUUCCUAUUCUUCCUUUUUGCUUUCAUUUGUCAGUGAUUUUUAUCGAUUGUGAUCUCUGUGGAUAUGCCGAGUGCUUGUCUAGUUGUAACACUGUCAUUAAAGCAGUAUUGCAUUUCAACA